UCGGCAAAUUGACGUUUUGAUGAUUUCAAUUACUGAUACCGAUUGGUGCGAGAUUCUAAUUCUAUGGUUUUAAAUUAAAAGCUUUUGACUUCGGGCGAUAUUUACCUUUCUUUUGAAUGGUAGUAGCGUGAUUUUACCAGUCCAAUAAUGUCGGCGGAAUGGAGAUGCGUCCGCCGCAAUCAGGAUGAGUGCAGACGUUAUCUGGAUCAGUUCAAAGUAUUUGAUCAUCCGUUGAAACAGUCUACAAUAACCGUUUUGGAAAGUAAAGGGACACGAAUUAAGACCAUCAAUAAUAUAAGUGAAAGCAAUAGCGGCACUUCUUCAACGCUAUCAUUGGAUCCGCUAAGCUUGGCGCUAGAUGGCGAAGAUCCUCUCAGUCAAUUCGCCCGCCAGGACUCAGCACAGGAUCCGCUUUCGCAGAUGGCUGCUGAAUUCGAGGGAGUUUUGAAUGUUACUUCUAGUAGAUUACCCCACAAGAAAGUAAGGGAGGUGAAUAACCUUCUCGAUAUGGAUCUGAUUGAACCCUGGGCAAGCCGACGCGUUGGCAUACUCAACAAGUAUACAACCAACGAGAAGCUCUCGAUUGUCACCAGUUUCUUGAACGGCGGCGAAACUAUCAAAUCCCAAACAACAAUGUCCGAGAAGGUAAAGCACCGAUUGGAACAGCUUGAUGAAUUCGAGGACGGUACCGUCCGGCAGAUGUUGGAUCUGUCCCAGCAGGAGUACGUGCUAAAGAUCGAGCAAUUGAAUCACGAGUUGGUCCAAGCUUGGAACACCGAUCAACGGGUGAAGGCUCUCAAGAUUGCAAUCCAGUGCUCGAAGCUGCUGGCGGAUACCUCCGUGAUACAGUUUUAUCCUUCCAAAUUUGUGCUCAUUACGGAUAUCUUGGACAUUUUUGGUAAAUUGGUUUAUGAUAGGCUGUUGGUCAAAGGAGAAUCGUCGGCUGAUGGGAGCAAGAAGACAUCGACUCUACCGGAUGAUUUUACGCCCGAUAUGGUGCCAGAAUCAGCCAAAGAGACGUGCCAGAAUUGGUUCUACAAAAUUGCCUCCAUUCGAGAGCUGCUUCCUAGAUUGUAUGUCGAAAUGGCUAUACUUAAAAGUUAUCGUUUUAUCACAGCGAAAGAGUUCAACUCAACACUUUUGCGAUUAACACACAUGAUACGUGGUGUUGGCGAUCCGCUAGUAGCUAUUUACGCUCGAUGUUACCUUUGUCGGGUUGGAAUGGCUGUUACAACUGACAGAGAGUAUAUUAAGGAAAACUUAAAUGAUAUUCUGCUGAUUUAUCAUACCAUUUUCAACGGAGGCAUACGGGCGGACAUAGCGAAACACAGAAUCACACUCAAUGGCUAUAUUUCACUGUUUCUGCCGGCGCUGGAUUGGAUAAUACAGGGUGCAACCAUCUUGAGUACAGACUCCGAACUGGACGAUAUUCUGCGCAAGUGUUAUGACAGGAAGAAUUCGGCUCUCCUGAUGCAGUCUAUAUUGCAAUCCUUUAGGCCGGACUAUAUAGCACUGCGUGCCGUGCAAUUUGUGGAGAUUCUGUCGUCCAUAACGAUCGAGGGUCUAUCACGGGGUCAGCUGCUGCGAAUGUUGGGCUAUACACUAAGCAACACGGCACCUCCUGCCGAGCAACGGGCGCUGGCUUUGAAUUCUGCCUGGCGAACCGUAAGCUCUAUGGUCAAUGCCGAAGAGUACAUUCAAUGUGCGGAAAUGUGGUCCCAAUUUACCAGUCAACACUUCGGACUUCGAGAGAUAAACGCAUUGAUGGGGGACAUUUUGUACCACAUGACGCCCAAUCGUUCCUAUGAGCGUCAUUAUCACGAGUUGCAGGUUAUCGUUGAGAAGAUUGUUUCGAAUUCCCAGGAUAUCCAUGGCGUGCUGGCAUUAGAAAACUUUCUUCCGAUGUUAGAUCUUUUUCAAAAGGAAUCUAUCAAACUGGACGUUGGGAAGAGUAUUCUCACCAGCUACCGGUCGAUUUCGGGUGAUCUGAGCAUUAGUGAUCCGGUUGUUACUAACGCCCUAAUGUACAUUAGCAAAGUGUUGAAUGAUUCCGUGAAUGCCCUCACCAGUGAAGACGAACGUCGUCAAAUCAGCAAUCUGAUCAGUCAUUUCAUUCGGAAGGUCGAUUUUGGACGAGAUUUUGAGCAGCAACUUUCGUUCUAUGUUGAAGCACGCGCUGCAUUUUCUAAUCUAGACCCGGUUUAUUCAACACUCAUCCAUUGUGUCAAUCGGUUGGCUACCAGUACCAGACGCAUCGUAAAAGGACAACAUACAGGAAAAACGGCUGCCUUUGUAAAGGCAUGCGCCGCGUAUUGUUUUAUUACAAUACCAUCCAUCAUUGACGUUACUACCAGAAUGGAGUUGUAUUUGCAAUCGGGCCAGGUUGCACUUUUGAAUGUGUGCUUACAACAGGCAGAUUCUUGCUUCGAAGCAGCGCUGAAUCUCAUCCCUGAGAUACCGCGAACCUACGAGCAGGACGGAAAAGCUCAAUCCACUGAACCAUUCCUCAAGUCAUUCCUCGUCAAUUUUCUUUCAACACUUGUCAUCGUGCCAGAUAAUCCUACUCAAGGGGUUCUAUAUCUGCUGCGGCUACUAGUGGAAGUCAUCAAAAAGUACCCAUUCGACUCGAAUUCCAACACCCUUGCCUCGGUGUAUCUCCACGUAUUGGAUUUUCUCUCAGUAGCGGCACAGGAAGUCUAUCCGUAUCAUAUCGUUAACGUAAUUUCCAACGACGAACUGUACGGAUCCGAUCCGAAAUUUCUUGCGGAGGUGCACAGCUUGGGUUGCGAGGUGUGCGAUCAACUGCUGCAGAUUUUGAAGCAGCUUCUCGAGACGGGCAACUUGCGGCAGCAAUCGCAACUAGCACUGGAGUUGUUUCUUAAGAUAAUAACAGGAGCCGAUUUAACCGUCGAUCGUAUGUUUACACUCACCUACAACCUGUGGAACCUGGCGGCCAAGCAUCGAAACACAUUGGAUGCGAAGCAGUUGCAACAAAUCUUUUCGUACACCGAACAUCUCGCAGAAGUAACUCAACUCGAAUCACAGAAGCGGUGCUUGCAGCUACUACUAGAAAAGAUGAAAUCCCGCAUGUAAAGUCUGUCGGAACAUCCAAACAAUUACGUACUACCCCCUAGCGGCUUCAUCUAUUCACUGAAUAUAUUUUAUCGAAUAUGAUCAAAUCAAAUUGAAGCAAUGUGCCCUUUUUUUUCUAGCAAUAAAGUACAGCUAAAACGAAAUUUCAGCACUCAUACAUCCGUCGUAUCUUCUCCAAAUCCAGUGGACUGGCGGCAUCCGUUUGGCCCAGUUCGGCGCUGCGAUUCUGGCGGGAAACCAUUGUUUCGGUUGUACCUGGUCGUGCGAAAGCAUACGUCGGAUAGUGCAUUACGCUUCGGUAGUCGUAUGGUAGUCCGAACGUCUCCAUGUAAUCGUACGAUCCUUUGUGGUAAUUUUGUCGAAAUUCUAAGUACAAAUUUAAAUUAAUUAUCAGAUCAGAUGACAGGCAGCAUCCUGUUACCUGGCAUGAUGUUGUCCCACAGAACCUCUACGUACUCAUCUCGGUCCGGUCGCGUGUGUUCGUGGAACAGUCCGAGUACAUGUAGCAGCUCAUGUUGCACCGCUCCUGGUAGACUGAGACAAAAAUCAUCCAACACGACAUCGAGUGGCUCACGCUGGUCCGGCCGGUAUCCAAUCGAAGAAC